GUGUCGAAUUAGUGGCCACACUGACUCUUCCUUCCACCUCUUCUAUUCCAUCAAUUCAUCAGUUUCUUGUUCUUCUUACUACUAACUUCCUGGGUUCUUGGUCUGGAGUGAAAUCAUGUCUACAUCUAAGAAGAAGACUAGGAAGCUCCGAGGUCAUGUCAGUCAUGGGCAUGGACGAAUUGGUAAACACAGGAAACAUCCUGGUGGCAGAGGUAAUGCUGGUGGCUUGCAUCACCACCGGAUCAACUUUGACAAAUACCAUCCUGGAUAUUUUGGAAAAUUAGGAAUGAGGAACUAUCACGUGAGGAAAAACCAGAAAUUUUGUCCAACAGUGAACUUGGACAAGUUGUGGACCCUUGUUAGUGAACAGACCAGGCUGAAAUACAAAGAUCACCCAGAAGGCAAGGCUCCUGUUAUUGACGUUGUCAAGGCUGGAUACUACAAAGUCCUGGGCAAAGGAAGAAUCCCAAAGCAGCCGGUUAUUGUUAAAGCAAAAUUCUUUUCCAAGAAAGCUGAGGACAAGAUUAAAGCUGUUGGAGGUGCUUGUGUCUUACAAGCGUAACUGUAAUUUUUUAAUAAUAAAUGUGUUAUAAAAUGUAA